AUCAACGUUGAGCUGUGGAUCGAAGUGGGAAGUCUCUGGCCCACUUUGACGCCCCCCCCCACGAUUCCCCCCGGUCAGUGUGCACGGCAGGGGAGCCAGGGGGACGAGGAUGCCCUGAGGAAGAUGGAAGCAGACAUGCUGUAAGGGAGAGCACCACUACUACUGUCACCGCCGCCGCUGCCACCACCACCCGUGCAGCUGCUACCCAAGGCUAGUGCUCCCCUUGCCACCAUGGGAAGAGACACAUAGGGAAGCACACCCUGGGGGGCAUGAGGACCUCAGAAGCACAUCUCCCCUUUGCCCCUUCCCUGCUGUGUUGCCCCUGCCACCCAAGAGACAUGCAGCGGCAGAACGAUGGUUGACUGGGGCUUGGGAGGGAGAGGAGAGAUGCAUGUGCGCAGGAUGCAUGCAACUGCCAGACACCCCAGCAGACUCCCGCCACCUGCCACCAUGCUACAGGAGGACGAGAUCGAGCUCAAUGCCAUGGACUUUGUGGAGACAGAGUACAAGUCCGACGUGGGCGAGGGCGAGCCGGGCCGGCCGGGCGUCAAACGGAAGAAGGUGUGCUCCAGGCCCCAGGGAUCCCAGGGAAGAGGGAGCGGUGCCAAUAGGGCCAAGGGGGAGGUGGAGCUGCCGGGGGAGGGAGGGAAGGCAGCACACAAGAGGCGGAAAAGGAAACACACGCAGCGGCCAGGGGAGCAGAGCAGCGGCAUGGCCAACAUGGGGCUGUACCCCUAUGCCGCCUUCCUCAAGAAGCUCUGUGAUAAGGUGGGCAGCUCACACGGCUGCCCUGAGUCACUCCCCACCAGGAUAUUCAACCAGCUCAGGCACACUGAUGUCCACUACCCCUAUGCCUCCCUGCUGCAGGCACUGCACCGCCACGCUGGGGUGGGUGCUGGGGGUGCCAGCAGUCCGUCCACAGCGAGGGACCAGCCCCCCAGCACACUGGAAGUGGCCAGGGUCAUGAGGAACCUCCGCUAUCCCACUGCCUCACACAGAGGCAACGGCAGGGAGGACGGCGGCGGAUCUGCUGCACCCUUCAGUGCGGUGCUGAUGGCCGUGGUGAUGAAGGAGCGGCUGCACAGCCAGGCCCCAACUGGCUCCGGCCUCAGUGUUGGCGGCAUCGGGGAGAUCCUGAGAAAGGAGAUGCCACACUCCCAGAAGGAUGACCCGCCCCCAUCAGAACUGUCUUCCGCCUCCCUCCUGCAGAAGCUUUCCCUCUCAGCAGAGAGGGACCUGGAGGUAGCCAGAGGCAGCUCAGCCAGAGGCAUGGCACAGCAAGCAGCCACCUGGACCUCCACUGAGUCCUCCCAGAGUGAAGAGGAAGACCUGGAUUGGCGACCGACCCACUGGCUGGCCAAGAAGGUCUCCAAGGACGCUGCCGCCCCAGUGAAGCGGAAAUCCAAUAGGAGGAAGUCUUCCAGCUGUGACCCGGAGCUGGAGCAGCCCCACACCUCCCAGGGGGACCUGGAUGUGGCCACCCAAGGGGCAGUGAGGGCCGGGCUGCAGCAGUGCUCUGGGGCAGCGCGGGCCAAGUUGCUGCAGUUUAUCAUGAGUCGGCAGCAGCAGACCCCAGACAAGAGGGGCAAGAGGGCUCGUAAGCGUGCCAAGGUCACAAGGAAGAAGGGCAAGAGAAAACAUGGCGACAGCACUGAGAGCUACAACACUGUGUGGGUGGCCAAUGGCAUCAUUGAGGACCAGACCACAGCUAUAGGGGAGGAGAGCAGCCAACCUGCAGCAGGGGAGCCCCAGAGUCUCCUGAAGGAGUAUCUCCUAAAGCCUGCAGGAGAAGAGGUGAUCCCAAGUGAAAACUGUGAUAUUCCAAAGCUGGAGUCAAACUUCCUCUUCAGUCGACUGCUGCAAAACUUUAAGAGUCUGGCUGAGUCCAACCAGGCGGAGGAGCCCUCCAAGAAAUCCUCAGACUGCUCCCGUGGCCCCAGCAUCCUACGGGGCAUGCUGGCAGCCAGCACGCCCACCCCGGAGCCGGAGCACAAGUUUUCCCCAAGUGACCACAACACAUCCUCAUCCUCCUCAGAACACCAGCACCAGCACCAGCUUCAGCAGAAGCAGAAGCAAAAACAAAAACAGAAGAAGCAGCAGCAGCAGCAGGCUGGCACACCCACUUCCCUUGGUGAGCCGCCCCUGAGGGUGAAGUUGGAGGAGGAAAUCAAGGUGGAGUGUGAGGAGGAGGAGAUACUGUGCAAGGUUGAGUGUGAGGAUGAUAACUUCGAGUGCCAGGUGUGCCACCUCCAGUUCUCCUCCCUCACCGACCUCUCCAACCAUCAGGUGCUCUUCCACUGCCCCGAGGAACCCCAGGCCCCGGGCUCCCACCGCCUGCUGGGGUGCAGCGUGGAGGGCCUGGGUGGGGGAGUGAUGCAGGGGAAGCAGCCUGCCUGACCCACAACUAGUGCCAUGCUGCAGCGGCUCCUGGCACCCCUCCCAGCCACCCCGCGCUGCCCCACCACCCCUCAUGUACAAAUAUAUAUAAACACGACUAGGAUACACAACAAAGGGAGUGCGAGUGUGUGUGCAUGUGCCAUUGUGCUUGUGGAAGUCGGGAGGGGCAUGUGUGUGUGUGUGUGUGUGUGUGUGUGUGUGUGUAUAGGUGAAUGGGGUUGAGUUUUACUUGUUCAUUGUUGAAGGGUGAAGACACCGUGGAGAGGAGCAGAGUGUUGGCCGGCGCCAGGCUGAGCUGCAUAGUGAGAAGACAGAGUCCGUCCAAGGCACACAGCGUGAGGCUGUCCAGCUGUUCUUUCAUGACAAGGCUGUUAUGCAGGAAGAGUGUGCAAUUAUUAGCAUCAUAAAUUACUUGUGAUAAUAAUGUGAAAGGAAUUGUUUUAGUACUACAGUGUCUUUUGUUCUUCUCUGGUGCCCUUGUUGAGUUGUGUGAGUGAGUGGUGUGUGUGAGGGAGGGAGGGGAGGGUGUCAGGUGAGAGGAAGGUGUGUGUUCCUAAUGUGGUGGUCUGAAAUAUUUUGUUUUCAAAUUUUAUAAUUUUAAGAACUUAAAAGACACAUAAAUUUAUUAUACUGGUUUAUAAGAAGUAAACUGUAAGAAGCUCACACAUAUUUGACUGAUCAAGUCAGUAUUGAUGAAAUACAGUACAUGUGCCUGCUAGCUCACACCUGCUGACUCACAGCGCUGCUUGUAAACAGAAGCUUCCAAAUUUGAUAUCACAUAGACAAUAUUUUCCUAACGCUGCCGUAACACAUUGUUGACGAGUGAGUGAAUGAACACGAACAAAAAUUGUGUUUUAACAUUAUCAGAUGAAACAUUUUAAAGGUAUUUCAUAGGUGACCUUUGUUUUAUCAUAGCAAUAGGGGACGUCUGAUGGGCUUGUCCAUGUUUUGGAUUUGUGGUAAAUAAGAUAACAGAUUUAUUCUACUUAUGCCAAAGAAAAUUUAUUGGAUUGGAAUAUUUAUUGAGGGUACAGUAGUGAUCUCAGGCAACACACUGCAGAUACCACAGGGAUGGGCGGCGUCCAGUGUCCUGGGCCCUGCACUGCUGGCCUUCAAGCAGUGACUCACCAGUGCCAGAGUCUGUCACGUGCUGUCGGCAGCACCGUCUUUGUGUCUUUGCUGUGUUACGGGGAGGGAAACACUUGCAUCACUGCCACCACAACCCACACUGGGGACGGGAAAGUGUCCGCUGAAUCACGUUUAGGUCAAGUACAAACCGCUAAUUGUUUUAUGGACAGAUAAAGUGGAGUAAAGCACUCCAGCAGUUAUCACGCCUUGUCACGUCCAGAUGAGUGUGCUGGAGUAGAGCGGCAUGUGGCACUCGGCGGCAGUGUACUCGGUGUCCUGGGGAAACAGAUUCACAACAGUAGGGUGUGUGCGGGAGACAGUGAAGACAGCAAACUUGUUAUAACGAGUUUGCAGCUAGCGUUUGCUGUCAUGUCUGUGGUAUUGUGUGGCAUAGGUAGUGUGCUUACCUCUUUGUUGUGGCCGAGGCGGUGCACAGCCGGCGUGGCAACAGGUGUGUGGGGUUGCAGUAGUGUAGGGAGGAACACACAACUUUCUUAGUCAUAGGAACAAUUAGGGAGAUGUGCAAUUACCGAGAAAAUUUUGUACCAUGCAUUAACUACACUUGGAAAUUUAUUACCUACUGUAUGUAUCAGGAAUAAUGUAUAUAUUUGGCUGCAUUGUGUACUGUAUGUCUGCACACCUCACACUGGCCACACCCAGCCAGCCCAGCAGUGACGUGUGAUGCAUUUCUUGUGUGUGUGUGUGUGUGUGUGUGUGUGUGUGUGUGUGUGUGUGUGUGUGUGUGUGUGUGUGUGUGUGUGUUCCUCAAGGUCAUGUAGUACUUGUCUUAGGAUGGAGAAGGCCAUAACUGAUUUCAUAAGCUUUGUUGGGAUGUAGAUUCUUAGAUUUUUAAUAGAUAAUUGAUGUGUGUGUGUGUGUGCGUGCGUGCGUGCAUGUGUGGCUGACCUGUAAAUUAAUGUACAACUUUUAUCAUUUGCAAUUAUAUAAAAGACUUAUUUGUGCUAAAUAUUUUGUAAGUUCUUGAAGACAGUUUCCUGUACUAAACACAAGAAAGAAAAGAAAAUUAUAUUCUUAAAUGUGAGUGUAACCUUUUUUUUAUAUUGUUUCUUUGUUAAGUUUAUGAUGUGUGUGUUUGUGUUGCGGAGCCCAGGCAGUGUUGAGGAAAGAGUGCCUGGAGGAGUGUUCCGCUGGCUGCUUCUCGUAACCAAGCACAACAGACAGACUAAAGGAGAGGCAGUGGCAGUGUGUGUGUGUGUGUGUGUGUGUGUGUGUGUGUGUGUGUGUGUGUGUGUGUGUGUGGUGUUAGUCAGGUAGGAUUAAAGUUAUUUUGUACUACUUUUUUACUGUAUAUCAAUUGCAGGUUUUAAUGACAGACAGGUGUGGUGGAUGUUACCUGUGUUUCUACCUGUCUUGUAUGGUUUAGCUCACCUGUGUUCCUGUAUGAAGCAUUGAUGGACACCUGUUUUAUUUCCACAUUCUCUUUCACUGUAUUUUUAUCAUUGAAUAUUAUUAUGCUCCUUUUUUUCUAGUUACAUUUUAUGUCACCAUGUUGAGAAUUCCAUUUUAACUGUACUUUACCUGUGUUUUGUAUGAAGCAAUGAGGUACACUUAUUUUAUUUUCACUUUCUUUUAUUGUUGAAUAUUAUCACACUCCUUUUCUGGUUACACUUUUAUCUUUACAUAGAGAAUUCCACUUUUAACCCUUUGCUUCAUUCUCGAACUGAAGAGAUAUUGUCAUUUGUUUCUGUACCUGGAAGUAUCUACAUACAUAACCGAUAAUUAUGUUUUUUAAUAGUGCAUAGACAGAAUUUACUGGUUAUCAUAGGUAGAAUGUUUGUAUGUAUGUGUGUAUAUUAUGGAGAAUGACUGAACACCCUUUGUUACUGUCAAUAAGACACUCAUAUGUUAUACUUUGUUACAAGCCUCUGCAGAAAUCACACUCUGAGAUGUAGAGUUUCUCAGCAUGUUUUCCUCUGAAUUAUAUCGAAUUCCAUAAGUUACAUAGAUUGGGUUUGAUGUAUUUGUUUUGAUGCGUUUGUCUGCCAGAUAGAUAGUCAUAACUGCCAUUUUUCACCCCAGAGUGUGGCAUCCUGGGUUGGGUGUGCUGAGGGCCUUGGGGGAGGAGGCUUGGGUGGGCAGGAGUUGGCACUGGCAAGCUGAGUGGAGGACUGAGGGCAGGACUUCCUGGGGGCAAGGCACUGGUCUGGUCUGGUCUGGUCUGGUGUGGUCUGGUACAGCUGGUUUGUUUGGUUCAAGACAGGAAGAGUGGAAACUGUGCAUUGGUACAUGGAUUAAUGAACUAUAUUUGUUGUACUGCAUUUGACUGCUGCUCUCAUGUCAGACUCUCAUUUCUAUUGUUUUCAUUCUCACACAGCUGUUCUCCAAUGCAUCAUGAUGGUGCAUAUGUUUUCCUUUAUUUUGUAUUGCAGUGUGUGUACUUUUGUUGCUUACCAGUUGCCUUCCUUGUAAGGCAGCCUGCUCCUCAGCACAGGCUGCUCCCUAGGCCUGCCUCUCAUAGGUGGAGUCAGAAGCAAUAGUACAGUAACCUGCUGUUCUCAUUUCCACUGUGUUUUAUGUUUUUCCUCAAUCUUAAGUCCUCAGAUCUGCUUAGAAUGCAUCAGUUGUCUUGUUUUGUAAGACUAUCAGCAGAUCAAAGGACUUAAAGAUUGAGGAGGAAUGCACCAUACAGUGGAAAGGAGUGUGAUGUGUUGCUUCUCAGUGUCAAAUCCUCUGAUCUGAGAAUGCAUCUGUUGUCAUGUUUUGUGAUGAGCCUGUCAGCAGAUUAGAGGACUUACUGAGGAGGAACACAACAUGGGGGUGAGCAUGGCAUGUCAAAACUUCCAGCCACUGCUGUACACUGCCUGAUAUCUCACUGGCUGCCCUGCCCAAGGUGCUCAAGUCCCUGGCUAUUUGAGCAUGAGAAAUUAAAGAUGUGGUCUUGAGCCUCACUUUAUGUGGCAGUCACUCUGUUAAUCCAGACUUGACCAACUCCAGGCUCCCCAAAGGCUCUCCUGGCAAAGACCUGGGUUAGAGUAAUGCUGCACCUCUGGCCUCUCAUGAUGACCCAGGCCUUCCCUCCCAGAUGGCCCUGAUGCAGGUGUCCAGUGCUGGGUGCCGAGUGCCAGGCAGCCAGGCGCCCAGCCAGGCCUUGAUGCAUAACAUAUCACUUGGCAGGAAGUUGGGUCACUCUGGCAUCACACAGUAGCGAGGUAUGUAAGGGACGGGUCUUGUAUACGACUGUACGCCUGUAGUCUCAAGUGUCUCAUCGCUUUAGCUUGUCUAUUCUAAACAGGCUCUAGUGGAGAUUACUGGGGUUUUCAGGAGUGCUUUUCAUGAUUCUGGUUAUGCUUUCAAAGGGAUUCUGUAUCAUGGAUAGGAAAAAGCAGCCAUGAAAACCCUAUAUAUCUUCACUGUAGCUUUUGAAUGUCACCCUGAAGAGAGAGCCGUGGUUCAGAAUCCAGGCCGUAAGACCUCCGUCCUCUGCCUCUCAUUGUGGCCAUUGUGAGCCGAGGAAAUUGUGUUUUGUUUCCUUGAGGUAUCCAGAUGACAGGACAGAUAUAUAUAUUACAUAUAUGUAUAUUUUUCCAUAGAUAUAUAUUUAAUAAUGCCUAUAACCUUCCUUGCUUUCCUCAGCAUUUAUGACAGUUCAAUUAUUGUAUGCUAAGGAGCAGGUUAUUACUUAGACAUAGAAAUACCAGAUAGAAGUUGAAAUGUUAACAUGUCCAGACACUGUAGAAAAAUAUAUAUACAUAUACUAUAUAUAAAAAAAAAAAUAUUUAAUGUUGUUGGAAGCCUUUUGAGUUAUAUAAAAGUAUGAUUUUA